AUGGACGCAGUUCUCGAUAAAGCUCUUGCCUUACGUGGCGUAACAGGUGUACUUGUUCUUACACGUAACUCUUGGCUUACCAUCGCAAGUCGUGGCGCACUGACCGCAAACGACGCCCCGGCAAUCGAAGAGCUACUAUCCUGGGCCGAGGAAGAGUCAACGGGAUCAAUCCCAUGGAACGGUGGCUCAGGCGGAAGGUGUUUACACUUCCAUCGCGCAAACACGCACACACUCAUCCUCCUCCGCCAACGAGCCGGGGCUGAUUCAGUAGGGACAGCAGGUGGCGAUAGAUUAUCACCGUCUGCCGCUGGUGCGCCACGACCGCCACGGAUGCGGUUUGGGUGGUCUACAACGUCGAGUAAUUCGGAGAACCCCUUUGGCUUGCGAGCAGGCUCUGCAAGUCUUUUCGCACCUUCUCGCAGCAUCGAAUCACAGAAUGUGCAUCGUCCGAGCUCUUGGUACUAA